AUGGCACAACCAAGUAGUACCGCUUCGGUGGGAAAGUUUCUCGACUUCUCCCCUCUACCCGAUGAGGCGACAAGGGAUGGAAAGCCGGUUCUCAACAAGUACUCCCAGAAGGUCACCAGGGAACACGAUUUCCCGGGAGCCAAAGCAAUGCUCUACGCAGCUGGUGUUCCCAAUGAGGAGAUGAUGAAGAAUGCACCCCACGUGGGCAUCGCUUCGGUAUGGUGGGAAGGAAAUCCGUGCAACUCUCAUCUGCUUGAUUUGGCAAAGAUCGUGAAAGAUGCCGUGAAAAAGCAAGGUUUCUUAGGAUGGCAGUACAACACCGUUGGCGUAUCCGAUGCCAUCACCAUGGGAGGCGAAGGUAUGCGCUUCUCGCUGCAGACGCGGGAGAUCAUUGCCGACAGUGUGGAAACCGUCACUUGUGCCCAGCAUCAUGACGCCUGCAUUGCCAUCCCUGGGUGCGAUAAGAACAUGCCAGGCGUGGUGAUGGGUUUUGCCCGGCAUAACCGUCCAUCGAUCAUGAUCUACGGCGGAACCAUCCAGCCGGGGUAUAGCCAGUUGCUGAAGAAGCCGAUCAAUAUCAGCACCUGCUACGAGGCACAGGGGGCAUGGGCGUAUGACACGCUCAAGAAUCCCGAUGACCCCUCGCAGACGAAGGACCAGAUCCUCGAAGACAUCGAGAAACAUGCCUGCCCGGGCCCUGGCGCCUGUGGAGGCAUGUACACCGCGAACACCAUGUCGACGGCUAUAGAAGCCAUGGGCCUCUCCAUCCCUGGGUCAUCAAGUACACCCGCAACCUCACCUGCCAAAAUGCGGGAAUGCAUGAAGGCCGCCGAAUAUAUUCGGAUUUGCAUGGAGAAGAAUAUCCGUCCACGCGACCUCCUGACUCGCGAAUCCUUCACCAAUGCCCUGGUCAUGAUGAUGAUUCUCGGUGGCAGCACGAAUGGCGUCCUCCAUUUCCUCGCAAUGGCCAACACGGCCGGCGUUAACCUUACUCUCGAUGACAUUCAGUCAGUAUCGAACCGUAUCCCCUUCAUCGCCGACUUGGCUCCCUCUGGCCGCUAUUACAUGGCCGAUCUGCAUGAAAUCGGCGGCACACCUGCCGUGAUGAAGAUGCUCGUUGCCGCCGGAUUACUGAAUGGUGAUAUAAUGACUGUGACCGGACAAACCCUCGCCGCCAAUGUCGCCUCCGCACCGUCAUUAUCCCCAGGACAGGAUAUCAUCCGUCCUCUGGACCAGCCCAUCAAGGCGACAGGCCACAUCGAGAUCCUCCGCGGCAACUUCGCGCCCGGGGGCGCAGUCGCCAAGAUCACCGGGAAAGAAGGCCUGCGCUUCACCGGCAAGGCGAUGGUCUUCGACAAAGAGCACUUCCUCAACUCCGCUCUGGGCCGCAGCGAGAUCCCGCGUGGUGAGAACCUCGUCCUGAUCGUCCGCUACGAGGGCCCGAAGGGCGGCCCGGGGAUGCCGGAGCAGCUCAAAGCCUCCGCAGCGUUGAUGGGGGCGAAGCUCACGAACGUGGCGCUGGUGACCGACGGCCGCUACUCCGGGGCGUCGCAUGGGUUCAUCGUCGGGCACGUCGUGCCGGAAGCCGCGAUGGGUGGGCCGAUUGCGUUGGUUAAGAAUGGGGAUAUCAUCACGAUUGACGCGGAGAAUCAUCGGAUCGACGUCGAUAUCAGCGACGAGGAGAUGGAGAAGCGGAGGAAGGAGUGGACACCGCCGGCACCGAACGUGACGAGAGGGGUGUUGGCGAAAUACGCGCGUUUAGUGGGCGAUGCGAGUCAUGGGGCAUUGACGGAUUUAUUCUGA